AUGCCAGCUCCCUUAGUCAAGGUCCUGCACAGGAUGCAAGAACUCUUCACCAACAUUGUUGCAGCCCUGGAGGCAAUGCUUCUGUUCCCAUCUCUCUUCCGCGACUCCUCCCGCAAGCGGCGGAAAGCUUUUCAGAGAGCUUGUUGGGGACGCCGGACGCUAGAUGAUUUUGCGAAUGAGAUCGAUCGUCUGCUCUCGGCACCUUUGUCUGUGCAAAACAUGAUCACAAUGUCAGACAAGAUUCGCGCGCAGUUUAAGUCCUGUCUUCAAGCCAGCCCAGUAUGCAUGCUGCCUUCCUAUAACCAUGCUCUACCUUCAGGAGCAGAGAAGGGAACGUACCUGGCGCUGGAUGUGGGAGGCUCCACACUUCGUGUAGCCUUGGUGGAAUUACGUGGUCACGGGGUCAUGCGCAUCCUCCAUGUGUCUUCUUCGUCAAUUGAUAAUGAAGUCAAGUUGCUGGAAGGGACGCUGUUCUUCGACUGGAUGGCAACAAAGAUCGACGCCAUGUUACAAGAAGUACGCUCAAAUCAUGGCCGGGGGGAUACCCCACUUUCCAUGGGCUUGUCCUGGUCGUUUCCGAUUGAACAAACAUCCAUCAGCAGCGGUUUGGUAAUACAUAUGGGCAAGGGGUUUCAUUGCUCUAAUGGCACCGUUGGGCAGGAGCUCGGCAAUUUAAUUUUCCAAUCCUGCAGAGCGCGUGGCCUGAACAUUGAAGUGGAUGCUAUCGUGAAUGACAGCUCCGCAACCCUGCUGUCUCACGCAUAUGUGGAUCCGGCGACUCGCAUGUCCCUCAUUUUGGGGACCGGAACGAAUGUGGCGAUUCAUUUUCCUGUGCACCAGAUCGGAUUGACCAAGUUCGGCACCAGACCUCCGGGUUGGUUUGAUUACGCGAAACACGUUAUCAUCAACAGCGAGAUGAGUAUGUUUGGUGGCGGAAUAUUACCUAUGUCCCGGUGGGACGAGGUCCUGAACAGCACCCAUCUUCGACCUGACUAUCAGCCUCUGGAGUAUAUGAUCACUGGCCGCUACCUCGGCGAAAUCAUUCGGCUUAUUAUCGUCGAAGCAGUGGAGACAGCGCAGCUGUUUGGCGGCAAUCUUCCUCACUCGAUGCGCGACGCUUACUCGUUUGACACUAGUAUCAUUGCUUGCAUAGAAGCUGAUACAUCAACUAGCUUAGCCUCAUCGACAAACAUCUUGCAGAAGGAACAUACGUUUACCACACCUCCGUCGGUGGAGGACAUGAGAUUUCUCCAGCGUGUCUGCCAGAUUGUCUCGAACCGAGCCGCAGGAUAUCUAGCGACAGCAAUCCAUAGCAUAUGGUGCUUGCGUAAUGAGGCAGAGUACCCGGAACUCAGCACUCCCGCCACUGCAACCCUCAAAGAGACGCAGGAGGUGACUGUGGUUGAGAGUGAAGGUAGCCCACUAAGUUUGUCGAUCGCCUGCGAUGGUAGUGUCAUCAACAAGUAUCCUGGAUUCAGAGAUCGUUGUCAACUCUAUCUGAACGAGCUUGUCAAGGAGACGCGCACUUUGCAAUUGCCUUCCAUUUCGUCGGCAGAACCUUACAUCCGCCUUGAUCCUGCCCCAGAUAGUGCCAUUGCUGGAGCUGCAGUCGCUGUAGCCGUGGCUGUCGCGGAGAGAAAACCAGAGUAG